AUGACUUGCAGCCAAACACUCGGAAACCACCACAACAACAAGUACCAGAUCUGCGAAGAGAUCGGCCGUGGACGCUUCGGCACCGUCGCCCGCGUCUAUGCUCCGGCCACCGGUGAUUUCUUCGCCUGCAAAACCAUCGACAAGAGCUCCCUCACCGACGCUCUUGACCGUGCCUGCAUCGACAACGAGCCCAAGCUCAUGGCUCUCUUAUCCUACCACCCAAACAUCGUCCAAAUCCACGAUCUCGUCGACACUGAUUCCACUCUCUCCAUCUUCAUGGAGCUCGUCGAUCCCUCCGUCUCGAUCUACGACCGUCUGGUUUCUUCUGGAACCUUCUCCGAGUCCCAGACGGCGUCGUUCGCCAAACAGAUUCUCCAGGCGCUCUCGCAUUGCCACCGAUACGGCGUCGUUCACAGGGACAUCAAGCCGGAGAACAUUCUGAUGGAUCUACGCAACGAUACUGUUAAGAUCUGCGAUUUCGGGUCCGGGAUCUGGUUGGCUGAGGGCGAGUCCACCGAAGGCGUCGUCGGAACGCCGUAUUACGUGGCGCCGGAGGUUCUGAUGGGUUGUUCGUACGGAGAGAAGGUCGAUGUCUGGAGUGCGGGCGUGGUUUUGUACACGAUGCUCGCCGGAACUCCCCCGUUUUACGGGGAGACGGCGGAGGAGAUUUUCGAAGCUGUGCUCAGAGGAAACCUCAGGUUCCCGCCGAAGGUUUUCAGGGGAGUUUCUUCGAUGGCUAAAGAUUUCCUGAGGAAGAUGAUUUGCAAGGAUGCUUCUCGGAGAUUCUCAGCUGAACAAGCUCUCAGGCACCCAUGGAUUCAAAGAGCAGGAGAAAAAGAGGAGAGAUUCAUCUGA